AUGCCGCCCAAACGCAAGGCCGCCGCCGCCACCGGCUCCCGCCCAUCCAAGCGUGUGGCGUCGGGUGUCAACACGCCCGUCAGCAUGGGCAGUAGCGACGACGAAUACAUGUCCGACGACCCAGACGAUUACACGCCUCAGAACGACGACUACGAAGAGACUGUCAAGAAGUUCCAGCCAUCCUCGUACCGCUCCAAGAAUCCAAGGCCACAGGAAUCAGAUCAAGCCACUCGUCUCUUUCGCAGCGACAAGGAACUCUCCUCCCUCGAACUGAAACCCGACCACGCCGUGCGUCCGCUCUGGCUCGAUCCCGAAAAGGGCAGAAUCGUCGUCGAAACCUUUUCUCCUUCCUUCAAGCAGGCUCAGAAUUUCCUAAUCAACAUUGCCGAGCCCCAGUCGCGAACCACAAACGUCCACGAAUACACCAUCACUGGCCACAGUCUGUUUGCCGCCGUCUCGGUCGGCCUCACCACCGACGACAUUAUCCGCCAACUCGAGGUCUUUUCAAAAACAAAGCUCCCCGACAGUCUCAAAGAAUUCAUCUUCACUUCUACUCAGUCAUAUGGAAAGAUUCGUCUGGUCCUAAAGCACAACAGAUAUUACAUUGAAAGCCAGGAUGCGUCUGUCCUGCAAAUGCUUUUGCGCGAUCCUGUCGUUGGUCCGGCCAGAAUUCACGAAACCGAUGAAUUGAUUCAAGAAAAGGCUCCUCAACUAGGAGGUCUAGUCAUUCCAGGAACAAAGGACGCUGCUGGCGACGAUGACGAUGACGACGAAGACGAGGACGAUAAAAAGGAUGAAGCAGAACAAGACAUGACAGCCUACCUCAGAGAUGAAGACGAUGAUGACGAGGGUGAUGAAGUCCACUCGUUCGAAAUUGAUGGUGAAAAGAUUCAAGCAGUUCAACAACAAUGCAAUGUCACUUUGGGAUUACCUCUGACAAACGAAUACGAUUUCCGAAACGACGACAUCAAUGCAAACCUCGACAUUGAUUUGCGGCCUAUGGCUCAAAUCAGAUACUAUCAAGAACACGCUCUCAGCAAAAUGUUUGGCAAUGGUCGUGCCAGAAGUGGGAUCAUUGUUUUACCUUGCGGUGCCGGCAAGACUCUGGUCGGUAUCACUGCUGCUUGUACAGUCAAGAAAUCUGCCAUCGUCUUGUGCACUUCUGCCAUGAGUGCUUAUCAGUGGAAGAACGAAUUCUUGAAGUGGUCAAAUAUCAACCCGGAUGAUAUCGCCAUCUUCACUUCGGGCGAAAAGGAGAAGCUUAACCAACGAGCAGGCAUCAUCGUUUGCACUUACAGUAUGGUCACUCAAAAUACUCGAAGAGCUCACGACAGUCAGCAAGUAAUGGACUUUAUCCAGAAUCGAGAGUGGGGUUUGAUGGUUCUCGACGAGGUUCACGUCGUGCCUGCUGAAAUGUUUCGACGUGUCACAUCCAAAAUCAGAUCACACUCAAAACUCGGACUGACUGCUACCUUACUACGAGAAGAUGACAAGAUCAAGGAUUUGAACUUUCUCAUUGGUCCCAAAUUGUAUGAGGCCAACUGGCUACAAUUGUCGGAGGAAGGCCACAUUGCUCGUGUCCAAUGCGCUGAAGUCUGGUGUCCAAUGACAACCGAGUUCUAUGGCGAAUACCUCAAGGCUCGUACUACCAACAAGCGCUCCCUGCUCUCCACCAUGAAUCCCAGGAAGUUCCAAGCCUGUCAAUUCCUGAUAGACUAUCACGAAAAAAGAGGAGAUAAAAUUAUUGUCUUUUCUGACAACGUAUAUGCUCUCGAGAAAUAUGCCAAACGUCUGAAGAAGCCUUAUAUCUACGGAGACACGCCACAAAGAGAGCGUGAAAUGGUUUUGCAGAACUUCCAACAGAACGAAUCAGUGCGAACGAUCUUCUUGUCCAAGAUUGGAGACACCAGUCUAGAUCUGCCAGAGGCUACUUGCCUGAUUCAAGUUUCCAGUCAUUAUGGAAACGACGAGGGUUUCAACGCAUUCUUCUACUCACUUGUUUCUAAGGACACAAACGAAAUGUACUAUUCCUCGAAACGUCAAGCCUUCCUGGUCGACCAAGGCUACUCCUUCAAAGUCAUUACCCACCUUACAGGUAUCGACAAGGUUGAAGGCCUCCACUUCCGCGACACGUCUUCACGCAUGGAACUUCUCGAAGACGUCCUAAUGGCUGGCGAGGAAAGUGGCAGUGGACCAAAGGGCAAACCCGGUGUGCGUCGUACGGCUGGCGCCCUCUCCGAAUACGCUGGUGGCAAGGACAUGGCAUACAUCGAGUACAACAAGAGUAGAAACAAGGAGCUCAAGAAGAACAAACCGACGAGCAAGUUCUUCAAGGAUAUUCAGAGGACGAAUGAGAAGAGAAAGGCUGCCGCCAAGGCGGACAUGUGA